AUGGCAUUGAGCAGAUUUGAGGCUCUUAAAAUUCUAGACCGAGAAAGCCUCGAGGAUGUUGGAAAAUCCCUCGCCGACAAGGCAACUGAAGAUCUCGAUCGGAUUGGAAUCGCAGAUGAACCAGAUAAAUUUUUCAUGAUCGGCACAGGAGUUGAUUGGGCGGUCAGCGUCAUGCUGCUAAAGAAAGAACUCGAAAAACAAAGACCCAUGUUCUAUGUUAGUAAGGCGAUGGUGGAUGCCGAGACACAAUACCUACCGUUGGAAAAGCUUAUCCUGGCCCUUAUGGUGGCCGCCAUGAAAUUAAUGCACUAUCUCCAAGCCCAUACGAUAAAGGGGGAGUAUGCGGCUAAAAAUGACCGAAUGGCAGCCUAUAUGAAGACGACAAAUUCCUUGCUCAUAAAGUUUGACCACCACGAGCUAAAUCAGAUUACCCGUGAUCAAAAUACCCAUGCGGAUGCCCUUGCCUGUUUGGCUUCUGCCAUCAAUUCGGAAGUUAAACGAACCAUUGAGAUGGGAUUCAUCCUAGAGCCGAGUAUUAGUCUCAUCGAUUCUAUUUGUGUCAAUGUCAUUGACCUAGGGCCGAGUUGGAUGGAUCCUAUCACCACAUUUUUAUCCUCAGAACAGUUGCCAACAGAUAAGAAGGAAGCCCAUAAGCUGCGGAACAAAGUCCUGCGGUACUAUUUAGAUCCCCAUGGAAAGCUCUCCAAAAUGUUUCUCUCAGGGCUGUAUUUGGAAUGUGUUCAUCCAGACAAGAUGGAGGAUUUCUUGGCCGAAAAACAUGAAGGCAGUUGUGGUGCCCAUUCUGGAGGGCGCUCAUUUGCCCAUCGACCCGUAACCCAAGGACAUUAUUGGCCGACCAUACGAACUGAUGCUAAGAAUUAUGUAAAGAAGUGUGAACAAUGUCAUAAGUUUUCUCCCUUGACUCAUUUGCUUGUUGAAGAAUUGAAUUCUGUUACUAGUCCUUGGCCUUUUGCUCAGUGGGGCUUGGACAUCGUCAGACCACUACCAAGGGCUCUAGGAAGUAAACGGUUCUUGAUUGUUGUAACGGAUUACUUCACAAAAUGGGUCGAGGUAGAACCACUGGCACAUAUUCAGGACGUAGAUGUCAAAUGA